GAAAGAGUGGCUCGAGCUGAAAGAGGAGUACCUCGUCCUGCAGAAGUGCAGCAUGGCGUCGCUGAAGAAGUGCAUCCGCGAGAUCAACCUCAAGGAGGAGAGCGAGGCUCGGGACGGAAACGUCGAGAUGAAAAGCAAAGACGAAAAAGAAAGCAACGCGGGCCCUCAGUUUGUCGGCGGCGUCAUCGUGAAGAUCACAGACAACAAACCGUUACCGACCAGGAAAAUCAUCAAGGACGCUUUGUCCAAAGUGUCUCCGGUCGCUUACAUUGACAUCUUGGAGGGAGACGUGGAAGGUCACAUCCGGUUCCACACCCCGCAGGAAGCUAAAGCCGUCUGCGACGUUAAAGACGAGCUGCAGAAGGAGCACAGCUGGAAACUCCAGGUCCUGACAGUUGACCACGAACAGCGGUACUGGCAGAAGAUCUUAGUGGACCGGCAGGUCAAGCUGAACCGUCCCCGAGAGAAGAAGCGGGGCACAGAGAAG